AAAAUCCAAUAUCUCUCAGCAGAAAGUAUAAUCAUCUCAAUGUCUUCGUUUUUGACUUCUGCAGUGGCCAAGCUCAACCCGUUCGCCAAACGGGAACGAGACGAAGACGACCAUGGAGAGCAGCUUGAGGCCGGCUCGAUUGCUGGAGGCGGUCACGCUUCGAGAGUGUCUCACAUCACCAGGAAAGAGCUACGAGUUAGCCAUGCCCUGAAGGCGUAUCUCGUCAAUGCAAAGAUCUUGGGUCCACAGGACGUGGACCUCAAUGAUCCACAGGCUGAGAACUCGGGCGCUCUGAAGGAAAUGCUAGACAAUCCUCAUAUUCAAGUUCCUAAGGAAAUUACGGGUCGGGGUCGUCCUUUGACGGAGUACUUUAUCAGCUCUAGCCACAAUACCUACCUACUCGCUGGUCAAUUGUAUGGCUCCUCAUCUGCAGUUGCAUACGAGACAGCUUUGAAGGCUGGCUCGCGUUGCGUGGAGAUUGAUGCCUGGGACAAUAGCGAGGAUCCGGAUGAGCCUAAGGUCACUCAUGGCUGGACUCUCGCCUCGCGGAUCGCCUUCAGAGCUGUUUGCGAGACCAUCCGAGAUGCGGUUGACAACGAGGCAAGCCAACCACAGCAGACAGGAUAUGCACCUGCCCCUAUCUUGAUUUCACUUGAGAAUCACUGUGGUGAACAUGGACAGCUUCGUCUAUCACAGAUAAUGCGCGAAGUCUGGGGUAAUCGUCUGCUCAGCAAGGAAGUGCGAGACGAGGGCGCUAGAGAACAGAACGAGUCCGGCAAACACGUGGACUUGAUUGAGCUGGGAUCCAAAAUCGCAGUCAUCGUUGAAUACCACUUGCCAGAUGAGGCCGAAUCCGACACAAGCGAUGACGAGGGUGAAGAUGAACAAGCUCGCAUGGACCUUGAGAAGUGGCGCCAGGAGAAGAAGGAAUCUCCUAAGGGUAUGAUCAUUCCAGAGCUCGCAGAAUUAGGUGUAUACGCGCAGUCUGUGAAGCCUACCAAUCAAUCCUGGUUCGAUCCCGGUGAGCUGCAGAAUGGCCCAAGGCAUCACCUCAUCAACGUGUCCGAGUCGGGUCUGCUUGGACUGAACCUUGAGCUCAAUGGUUCUCGGAUCAGCACGCACAACGCAAAGCAUUUGAUGCGAGUGUAUCCGAAAGGCACACGUAUUUCCUCUAGGAAUUUAAAUCCUGUACCAUUCUGGGGUGUUGGCGCGCAAAUCUGCGCGCUGAAUUGGCAAACAUUCGACGCCAGUAUGCAAUUGAAUGAAGCUCUCUUCGCAGGAUCCGAUGGCUACGUCCUCAAACCGGCAGCUCUACGUGCCGGUGGCUCUGGCAAACUGGAUAGUGGCAAGAAGAAGCAUUUGCGAGUGCAUAUUGCAGGCGCUACUGAUGUACCGGUACCAAAACAGCGCGAUGCAGACGACGAGAUUAAGCCAUAUGUGACUUGCACGUUGGUCCACCCCGAUGAUGUGGGAAACACGCCACCCAAGCGCAAAACCUCGGGAUACAAGCAGCACAAGCUUGGACUUGUUCACAAAGGUGAACAGCCACCUCCUACCGAUCCCAUUUGGAAUGAGCAUCUAGACUGGGACUACGCAGAAAACGAGCUCGUGUUUCUGCGCAUCCUGAUCAAAUCCGACGACAAAUUCGCUCGCAAUCCUGUGCAAUGCGUGGCCGCAGUGAGACUAUUGUACGUGCGAAGCGGAGAGUGGGUGUUUGUGCGGAUGCUCGACCUGAAAGGCAAGGAAACACACUGCACUGUGCUGUUGAAGUUCGAGAUCACAGACGCCUAGAGCAGGGGGGAACUGCCUCCGCAAAGAGCGAGGCGGUGUAUCAUUGACAAUGGCCGAGCUGCGCAGUACGCAGUGAGAGACGAACCGUGCAGACACAGCAUAUCAGAGACGUUCAUUUUGAGGUCCUCAUAAGUCUCUACAGAUAUUUACGGGCUUCAUCACGCGCGAGACAGUACAGAAGCAAAUAGUGCAAGCGCAUAAUAAUUGAUUUGAGAACCGACCAUCUGCUCUCAUUGAGCGUUAGACAUUAAGUAGGUAGGUAAGCUAGGCUCCGCAUCUCUCGAUGCUUUGCAAACGCCACGCAGGGCUACAACUCCAAAUACCUAGCAACAACAUGGUCGCCCUUCUCGUCGGCUUUCCGCCAGCUUCCAACAUCGUUGUCGAGCGCUUAGAUCAAGAGCAAGAUGGCAACGCUGGAUGGCUAGGUGUUUGUCGGGGCGUGCUUUUGCUGAAGAAAGCAGUCUUGUCGCGGAACUGGCCAUUGCACACGAAGAAUUUGCCGUCAUAAUGGUUAGUAGUACCCUUGCUCUCAGUUGUUGUAGGUAGACUGCAACUUACCUCGAAAAGAGAGAUGAAGCGCCGUCCUCACAAGAAUAAUCGGAAUCGAAUGAUACCCUUGACCUCCGCACACCACGUCUCGCAACGGGGUACGCAGAGGCUGCCAGGUAUGCUGCGUAUUGCACUAAAGUGAUCGUACCUCUUUUUGAAAGAGCAUACACACAAUCUUCGCACCGGCUCCCAUAGCCACAAACGAAACACCCGUCACCGUGAGGAUCGAGAUGUCCGAGUGGGCUGAGAUUUCUGAUGCCGAGUGCAACCAUGAGUUUCAUGGCAGGCCUUUGCAGGCGGUUGGCCAGAGGCGCUUUGCAGCACAUGGCCGUGAAGGUUGAAGAUUACUCCGAAUUUCUCAUUUGCCAAGAGGCGACGAGCUGCGGGAUGGGCAGUGUCUGUAUGUGAGCAAAGAAACGCAGCAUUUG